GUGUUAUGGUACGGCAUUAGGUGUACAGGUCUAGGUGUUCAGAAGUCAUCAGCCUAAAUCUCACAUGGUGUUGGAUCACCUGAGAACAUAACCAUGAACACAGACCAUGGAGCCACAGAUGCUGAUCAGCUGACUGCCAACACAGCAUUUGUGGCAAUUGAUAAAGGGCUUCUCUCAGGAAAAGUCAAUGAACAAGUGGAGGCAAUUGUCAAGUUUCCAGCUCUUUUUGAUCGUCAUCCAUUUCCACUGCUGAUCAACUCGUCCAUGCUGAAGCUGGCGGAUGUCUUCCGCAUUGGGUCAAACUUCACUCGGCUCUGCAUCCUGCGCGUAUGUCAACAGAGCGAGCGCCACCUGGAUAAGAUCCUCAACGUGGACGAGGUCGUCCGCCGGAUCUUCUCUGUCACUCACUCCAACGACCCUGUGGCGCGCGGCCUGGCGCUCAGCACCCUGGGCAGCCUGAGCGCCAUCAUCCCGCAGCGCAAGCAGGUGCACCACAGCAUCCGACAGGCGCUCGACUCGCGGGACCCGGCCGAGCUGGAGGCCGGGAUCGUAGCCGCGCAGCGCUUCGCCGCCGUCUCCAAGACGUUCGCCACCAACAUCAGCGAGCGCAUCUCGGAGAUGGUGCAGGGCGUCACCACGCCCGUCGACAUCAAGCUCAAGCUGCUCAACAUCCUGCAGCACAUGCACCACGACACGCAGACGGCGGCCGCGGUGCGGACAGCUUGUCUCCGCCUCUUGCCCAGCUUUCCGUCGGAGCAGUUCGUCAUGACCACGCUGAACGUGCUCACCAAGCUUGCCGCGCAGACACUGGUGGACAUCCCGGAGCAGGUGGACCUGCUGUUGGGCUACCUGAACAACGACGUCCGCCGGGCGGUGAAGUCAGCCGUGCUGCGGGACCUGCUGGAGCUCUCCAGACAGGCGGCGCCGCUCUGGUCCCAGGAGAACCAGUCGUCGCUGAUCGAGUUCGCCGCCGGCACGCGCUACACGGCUGUGAAGACGGCGGCGCUCUCCGUGCUGGUGUGCCUGGCCCGCUCGGUCUCGGUGCGCCAGUUCGACCUGGCGCCGGACGGGCCACUGAUGAGACUCUGCCGCGCCGGCGCCUGCCACCAGGAGGCGCGCGUGGCCGGCCGCGCCGUCCAGCUGCUCACCGCGCUCGCCGUACACUGGUGA